UUGUUGUUGUUAACGUGAAAAAAUUGGCUGGUCGACGACUGCCGCUGCUGGCGAGGUGCGCGGUCGAAGUUCUUGUAGACUGCUCUUGCCGUGCGCGUCGCCUCGACGUGUGUUGUGAUCGCGUUUCCAUAAAAAAAAAUAUAGGUAAUGACAUUAUUUUAACGCUCUCGUGUCCGCACCAGCUCACCGAUUGCCGAUCAUUGUUACCAUUAUUAUUAUCGCUAUUAUCGUUGCGUUUGCCGUUACGUACAAAAACGACCGCGCAUUCGUGCAAUGUUACAAUUUCACAGUCGUUAUAUUUUGUAAAGCCGAUACCCCUUUGACGGUACCUGCUCUUGGUUUUUUAAUUUUAUUCUCCGCCUGGUAGGUAGGGACUCACUACGUAUUCGAUUCGCGAUUGUCGUCGUCGGUCGAUCGAUAUGCCUUCAAUCGCUUGAUCCGUCGUCCUCGCGAGAAUUCCCAUCGGUUUUCGGACUCGAUCUGACGCAGAGAAAAAUGGACUUAAGCGGUUGCGUUGUUGGAGCUCAAACCAGUGGUGGAUCUAGUCAGAUUUAGAAAACUACGGGUCAUCCAACGUCAAUAGUUUUUAAUUUGACCCAUCAAGAGAGUAAUGUUCUGAAGCUAAGAGGGGCCACUAGCAUUUAGUAGAUCUAGGUACCUAUUAAAAUCAUAUAUCACUAUAGAUUUGCUGACCUCCUCAACCCCUCCAUAGAUCCACCACUGAUUGAAACCCAAAUUGUCACUGGUUUGAAACAUUUGGUGAGAAUAAUUCAAUAUGCUGAUCAAGGAAUACCGUAUACCGCUCCCUCUCAGUGUGGAAGAGUACAGAAUUGCUCAGCUUUAUAUGAUAGCUAAAAAAAGUAGAGAAGAGAGCAAAGGAGCUGAUAGUGGAGUUGAAAUAUUAGUUAACGAACCUUAUGAAGGUGGCCCUGGUGGUGAUGGAAAUACUAGUGGUGGACAGUAUACAAGAAAAAUUUAUCAUGUUGGGAGCCACUUACCAGGCUGGUUUAAAGGACUAUUACCAAAGUCAGCAUUAUCUGUUGAAGAAGAAGCAUGGAAUGCUUAUCCAUACACAAAAACUCGAUACACUUGCCCAUUUGUAGAAAAAUUUUCAUUAGAAAUUGAAACCUAUUACUAUCCCGAUAAUGGAACUCAUGAUAAUGUUUUCAAAAUGUCUCAAAGUGAAGUUCGAAAUGUUUCUGUUGAUAUAAUAGACAUAGUGAAAGACCAAUUAUAUGGGGCAGAUUACAUUAAAGAAGAAGAUCCAAAAUCUUAUGUAAGUGAUAAAACAGGUAGAGGCCCACUAUCAGAAAAUUGGAUAUCAGAAUACUGGAAAGAAUGUCAAAAUAAAAGUAUGCCCACAUCGUCAGGAAAAUCUAUUAUGUGUGCAUACAAAUUGUGCAAAGUAGAAUUUCGUUAUUGGGGUAUGCAAACAAAAAUUGAAAAAUUCAUUCAUGAAGUUGCUCUGAGAAAAACUAUGGUUCGAGCACAUCGUCAAGCAUGGGCAUGGCAAGAUGAAUGGGUAAAUCUAACCAUGGAUGAUAUACGUCAGAUUGAGCGUCAAACUCAAGAAGCUCUUAAACGAAAAAUGGGUAGUAGUAGCAGUGACUCUGAGAUUUGUGAAGGAAAUAACACUGUAGAUGAUACAAAAACUUCCACUAAUUUAGCUGCCACUAUGGGUAGUAUAGAGAAAAGUGAUCUAGAAGUAGCCACACCUGUUACAUCAAAACGAAUGCAAGAUCCAACCCUAUAUUCUCCAGCACCAUGUGUUUCUAGCAGUUCUGAUACCAUAUCAAGUAGUGUUCAACAAUCAUCAAGCAUGCGAAUACCUGUGAAAAAGAAUUGGCAUAAUCCAAAAUCACAAGUACCUUCACCAGGGUCUACUCAAAGUUUUGAUACUGCUCCUAAUUGGAGAAUGGAAAGUUUGAUUCGAGAUUCAGAUUCAGAUCUGAGUAAUGACGAUGAAUUUUUUGACUGUCAAGAAACAUUACCGACUUCAGAAAUUGUUUCUCUCUCUAAAUGGAGUUCCUUAACAAUACUUAAUGAACAAGAAUAUGAUUCAUCCAGUAUUCCUGACAAAGAAGAAGAUAGUAUAUUUUCUCCUACAUAUAAAAAGUCUUCUCCUUUCAUUCAGCGUGGUCACAGUGUUGACACAUGUCCAGGUUCUCCAGUAAUUGGUAAAGAAAAUAACUGUCAAAUAAGUACACUUUUGAUGAUUAUACAUUCUGGUAGUGUUCUAGAUGCUAAUUCUGAUAUAAUGGCAAAGAAAUCAGAUUUCACUACAUUUAGGGGAGCAUUUGAAUCAGUAAUGCGACAACACUACCCAAGUAUGAUUGGUCAUGUUGCGAUGAGACUUAUUCCUUGUCCGUCUAUAUGUGCUGAAGGACUUAGUGUAUUAUCAAAGUUGAGUCCUUACAGUUUUGAUGUAUCUCCGUCUGGUAUAGAAUGCACAAAUAUUACACAUGAUUCCGUCCCAAUAGGUGCUAUUCCUAUACUAGCAGGUUGCUCGCAUGAUUAUAAAGACAUAGUAUCUAAUGUUAUCCGUAUGGCAAAUCAAGUAUAUCGAGAGUUUAUAAAGUCAGACGAAGGCUUUGGAUUUAAUGGCCGAGUUUAUUUUAUAGGAGAUUCUAUGGGAUCUGUAAUAGGAUAUGAUGCUUUGUGUAGAAGUCCUGAUUCUCAUUCGUCACACGAUGCAAGUAGACAUAGCACUCCAGAACAUGUGCCGAAAAAAAAUGACAAUGAUGAUUGCACUUCCCUAGGGAGUAUGGACUCUUCUUUUAAGGUUUUAGUUACUCCACCAGUUAGAAGAAGAUCAUCAUCCACAAGUGACAGUAAUGUAUGCCUGGACUUCGAAGUUAACGAAAUGUUUAUGUUUGCAUCUCCGUUGUCACUUGUAUUAGCAUUUAGGAAAAUUUCAGCACAUAAAUAUGAUAAGUCAACUUCAAUUCAACGUCCAGCAUUGCAACAAGUUUACAAUUUAUUUCAUCCAUCUGACCCUAUCGCAUCUAGAUUAGAACCACUAAUUUCUGCAAAAUUUUCAAUUCUGCCACCUGUUAACAUACCUCGAUAUCAAAAAUAUCCUCUUGGAACAGGACAACCAUACUAUUUAUUAGAAGCAGUGCAAACAAAUCCGCAAUUGUUUACCGAACACAAUCAUGCCAGGCGUACGUCUGAAGCAAGUAUUCUGAGUACAGUUUCUGGGAUAGGUGAUACACUUCCAAUUCAAGCAAUAAAUAAAUUGACAAAAAAAUGGUGGGGUUCUAAGAGAUUGGACUAUGCUUUGUAUUGUCCUGACGGAUUGUCAAAUUUCCCCACAAAUGCUUUGCCUCAUAUAUUUCAUGCUAGCUAUUGGGAAUCCUCAGAUGUCAUUGCAUUUAUUUUAAGACAAUUUGCUAUAUUUGACUAUAAUAGUUCGAUUGGAAAUGAGGAAAAGGAACUGGCUACUUUUAGCCCCAGUCAACCUAGAGAAAAAUGGCAGCGUAAAACGACUUUCAUUAAGAUAAAAAACUCUACUGCAAGCCAUCGAGCAAAUGAUGUAAUAAUUCGAGAAGGUUUGCCACAGAUAAUUAGUGCUCGUUUUAUUUAUGGACCAUUUGAUAUGUUUUCAUUGGCUGGGGAAAAAGUUGAUAUCCAUAUUAUUAGGGAACCUGGUAAUGGUGAAUGGACACAUUUAACUACAGAAGAUUCAGAUAAAAAUGGACGAGUCACCUAUACAAUACCAGAAAAUAAAUCUCUUGGAUUUGGAAUAUAUCCAGUUAAAAUGGUUGUUAGAGGAGAUCAUACAAGUGUAGAUUUUCUGUUAGCUAUUGUUCCAACUCAAACAGAAACCGUUGUAUUUAGCAUAGAUGGAUCAUUUUCUGCCAGUGUCUCUGUUACUGGCCGUGACCCAAAAGUUCGACCAGGCGCUGUUGACAUAGUGAGACACUGGCAAGAAUUGGGCUAUUUAAUAGUCUACAUUACGGGAAGACCAGAUAUGCAACAACAACGCGUUCUGUCAUGGUUGAGUCAACAUAACUUUCCUCAUGGACUAGUUUCGUUUGCCGAUGGUCUUUCUACAGACUUCCUCGCUCACAAAAUCACAUAUCUCAAAAGCCUUGUGCAGGAUCAUAAAAUGAUAAUUCAUGCGGCCUAUGGAAGUAGUAAAGAUAUUUCUGUCUACAGUGCAUUGGAUCUGAAACCAAAACAAAUAUUUAUCAUAGGCAAAGUGGGUCGUAAACAUCACUCAAUGGCAACUGUGUUGAGCGAUGGUUAUGCUGCACAUUUAUCAGCCUUACAGUGUCACGGAGGAUCUAGGCCAGCUCAAGGAAAUGCUCGGAUGCUUUUGACGACUUCAAGAGGACGCUUUGGACAUAACGCUUCAAUGAGGCGUAGAAGAUCUGCAAAAAGGACGACAUCGUUUCCGAUUUGUUCGAUGACCAGAUCCACGAGCAGUAAAAGAUAUGAUAACCUUUGAUGUUGUUCUUGGUCGUGUUUUCAACACCAUUCCUCAGAUGGUUCCUGAUGACAGCGGCGUAAAUUAUGUCUGUGUGCAUUUAUCAAAAAAAUUGUUACUGUAUGAUUGUUGUAAGCUGUUGUCAUUAUUGUUGUUUUUGUUGUCUUUUGAAACUAUAAUAUUCCUCACUAUUAUUGUCUCAUUGUCUUUUGUCUUAGGUUCUUUGUAUGUACAUUUUUAUGUAUUGUUACCAAUCUAGCACAUUCCUAUUUUUUAUUGAUUUUAUUAUUUUCAUUCUCCAUACUGUCCAUUAUAUUUUAUAAAUAUUAAUCAUUUCCAUUUUAUUAUUAUUUUUUAAUUGUACUAUUAUAUUUGUACAGAUUUUAUUUUAUUAAAUGUUGAGAUCUUGUAUCUUACCAAUCAUCAAAAAGGCUGUGCCGAGCAUAUUGACAAUGUUCAGUACAAAAUCUAGGCUGCUAAUAUUAUUGCCUUUAAAUAAUAUAUUAUUUUAUUUGUUAAUAUUAUUGUUUCUAUCAUUUUGUUUUAUGUUUUAACUGUUACUUCUUGUCUUAAUUGGUUAACUCAUAAUCAAUAUUAAACUCAUUUAAAGUCAUAUUUUCUAGUCAAGUGUUGAUCAAACAAAAUUAUCUAUUUUU